UUUGAGAUUAUCAAGAAGUAUUUACAGAUUUAUUGAACCAUGAUAGAUGCACAAAAAGCUAUUCAUCCUAUAUAUAUUGUCCAUCGUUGUAAUAUAUGUAUGUAAAAUAUUGGUUUUCCUUUCAGAUCAGCCAAUCCAUUUUACUGAGUGGGCUGUUGAGUACCGAAUCGUUCAGCGCGUCUUUGGGUGUCUUCGUUGGCUCUUGCAGCAAGGGAACCUUCUUCACCAGUGUUACCCUGGGCCUUGAUCUUUUCAGUCAUUUCGUUGGACUGCAACUUGUCGGUACCAGUGGGGUUGUUUCCACCGGAGGUUUCGUCGAUCUUGACUUCUUCCUGCUUGUUGGGAGAGAAAGCUUGAGUGAAUGCGUCGGCAGCGUUUCUAAGCAUAUUGAUUUUAGAUGUGUUGUUGAAGAUUAACAUGGUCAUAUAUUCCCCAAUAUGC